AUGCGUGUAUCCGCAAGUAUACAGGUCGUAUUAAGUAAUAGAGUGAUAAGUAAAGACUUAAACAAUGCUAGAGAGAAAAGGUUACUUCAAUUAAAUGAACUUGAAGAGAUAAGAUUGGAUGAAUAUGAGAAUGCUAGGAUUUUUAAGGAAAAGACUAGAUUUUGGCAUGAUAAGUACAUUAAAAGAAAGGAGUUUAAAGAGGGUGAUCUGGUUUUAUUGUAUAAUUCUAGACUUAGACUCUUUCCUGGAAAAUUGAAAUCAAGAUGGUCUGGUCCUUUCAAGGUCAUCAAGGUUUAUCCACAUGGAGCUGUGGAUAUUUGGAGUGAAAAUUCUGGUCUUUUUAAAGUUAAUGGUCAAAGGCUCAAGAUUUAUCUCAUAGGCCAGCCCAUUGAGAAGGGAACAAGUUAUUUUCUUGAUGAUCCACCAAUUCACUGA